AUGCUCUACCAAUACAUGCUAUACCAUAUUCUCGAGAAGAAUAUUGCUGAACCAUUUGAUAGACAGAUUUCAUUCCGAAAUGAGGUGCUAUCUCCAGAUAUCAGCACAUUUUCAGCCACUCUGCUGACAGAAGACCACUACAGAUGCUCAGUGUGCACAGAGAUCUUUAAGGAUCCAGUUUCCAUCCCCUGUGGACACAGUUACUGCAAACACUGCAUUGAGAUCUACUGGAGCAAACCAACUCAAGCUGGAGGUUACGCUUGUCCUCAGUGCAAAAAGAGAUUCAGAAGUCAUCCUGUGUUGAGUGUCAAUGUUGCUUUGUCUAAACUGAUUGAGGAACUCCAGAAGGCAGGAUUUAGUCCUGCUCUUCCUGCUCACUGCUAUGCUGGACCUGAAGAUGUUCCCUGUGAUAUCUGUGCUGAGAUGAAGCUCAAAGCUGUUAAAUCCUGUUUGACCUGCACUGCAUCUUACUGUGAGACCCACAUCAGACAACACUACACAGUACCAGCACUGCAGAGACACAACCUGGUGGAGGCUAUUAUGUCAAUACCUGACAUUAAGGACAUCAAGGAGAUCAAAGAGCUUCAAGACGGAGUCAUUGAAGAGAUUUCAAUGGAUGAAAAAGCUGAAACUUUUCAUCCAACUAAGUGCUUCUACAGUGGGUUUUCCUGUAAUGAUUUGCCUAUGGAUGUAACUGAGAUUGCGGCACUUGGACGUCCUUUAGAUCUUGGAAUGUUGUAUGACUGUCGGAAUGAUUCAUUUACUUCAGAUGGUAAUCUUUUGGGUAAACACACUGUAACAAGAAACAGAAUAUCUUGGCCCCAACUGAAAACACAUCUAAAGGUUCUGGAAGAUGACUCCCUUCAGGAGAGAUGCAAAGCAUUUGAAAUGUCACCUAUGUUACGAGUAAGUGCUCUGUGUGGUCUUAUGGAGCUAAAUGGAGCUGCAGCUUUUCUGAAUCACCCAGUUCAGUCUCAACAUCAGGACAGAUUUACACUACACUAUAAAACCACCACCAGACUGGACAUGAUCAGCCAAAGACUGUUACAGGAAGGAGCUCCUACCUCAGCCAUUAAUGCAACCACAGCUACACAUGUGAUCAUCGCCGUGUUCUAUGGAGCUCAAGCAUUCUUUGUUUUUGAUAAUGAGAGAAUCAGCACAGAGAGAAAUACAGAAAUGGAAAAUGUUAUCAAGAAGCUUACCACCACUCUCAGUGCAAGAGAUGUGUUCACAAGACUUAAUGAAACUGAAAAGGCAAACAGCAUUUUAUAUGACUGCAGUCUGUACAUUGAUGUGGGCGAUUGGAAGAGUCCAGUGACUUUUGAUAAGGCGGUGGAGAUCUACGGUUCUCUGCCAACACUGCUUGGAUCCAAAGGAGAGAGAGCAGUUCCUCUGAAGGUCUGGCUGUAUCCUUUGAAGAAACUGGACAAGAGCUCUGUGUGUGCUACUCUGAGUGGAGUCACUGAAAAUGUGAUGCAUCAAGCUGAGAACAUUAUAGGACAUCUGAGGAAACAGAUCAGGAUCUGUCAGGACAUGAUAACAGACUAUUAUAAUCUGACUGUGAUUACUAGGUUUCCUGCUUUGGAGGAAAAACUUCAUAACUUUUCAGAAUUUCUACAAGAGUACAUGACAGAGUUUCAGAGAAAAGCUGCUGAGAUUAUUGAAUCCAUAAAUGUCAAGGAAGGUGACAGACAGAAGAGUUUUCAAGAACUUAUCAGUUAUUGUAAUCAGUCUCCAUUCAAUCCAGAUCACACACAUCAUUGGCUUGAGAAGAAAAAAAAUGAUCUGUUGGUUUUAAAUGAGUGCAGAGCAGUGAACAUGACUAUUGUGAAAUCACAGGAGGAGCUUCAGCGUGUCAUUAAUGAUCCUCAAAUGAACCAUGUAUUCUGCUUCACUAUUUCAUCAAUGGAGGCUGAAGAUUAUUUUCCCAAAGAUCUGAAGCAGCACAUUAAAUUAAUGAAAAAGUGCACAUUGACCACAUAUGAUAGUAUAAAGCUAGAAGAUUCACUGCAGUCAAUAAAGCCUGUUUGUGUCAGUCAGAAAGUACUCUCCGACUUAAAAGUAUUCAUUGCUGCCAAAGAGACAAAUGAAGAUCCAAAGCAAACCAAAUUCAUUGCUGCAUUUCUACCUGAUGAUAGUUUUCCAGAAUACUCUGUGCAAUUUUAUCAUGAUGGUAGGAUUGUGAGUAAUAAUGUGAAGCUAGGAACAAAACCAAAUCUUGCCCAAAUAGUUCAGAUAAAGCACACCAGUGUUUCUCUGAAACUGAAUCAACCACAAACCAAAAACAAGAGAUAUGUGGUAGAGACCAGGGCUUUAAAUGAUGGUGGAAUGAACAACAACACAUGGAAACAGAUAAUUGUUUAUACCAACAUUUUCAAGGAAAUCUGUUUGAUUUUAAAUCAUCAAUAUCAGUCCGGCCAUCAAUAUCAGCUGAGGUAUUCAGUUAUUGAGCAGGACUGUAUGAGCAACUUUAGCCAGAUUAUGAGCUUUCAGACAGCUGUUGCAGCAACACCUGGACAACCCUUUGUGAAUAAACUGAACAAAAACACUCUCAGAGUCACCUGGUUGAAAGCUGAAACUGAUGAAGAUUGUCCAGUGCUGCAGUAUAUGGUUGAGUAUAAAGAAGCUGGACUGGAGGGCUGGUCAUCAGUACUAACUCAAGGACCUCAGUGUGAAUGUACUUUAACUGUUCCUCACAGCACCUGCUAUAGAGUCAGAGUCUCUGCUGUCUAUGAGGACAUCACCAGCAAACCUAGUGUGGAAACACCAGUACCAGUAGAUGUCUGGAGAAUAAACCUCUCAGAGAGAAAGAGCUCCAUCCUCCUAGAAGUGCUGAAACUCCAAACAGAGAAGAAACCAGUAGAGCUGAUAGACUGGACAGAUGAAGAGAGUGAAGUGAGGGGAUUCCUCCAGUGUCUGCCCUACAUCUCACAGCUCAGAAUUCAUGAAUAUAAUUUGAAUUUUGAGAUGAAGAAAUCUGUCCAGUUUCUGCUGAAUCUGACUGUUGUAGCUUCAAAAUGUGUUACAACUACAGGAGAGAAUUUCAUUGAGCUGUUAACAUCUGUGUGCAGCUACAGAUCAUUUCUCUGUUAUGACGAUGAUGAGAUUUAUGAUGAGCAUCAAGAUGAACACUGUGAUUUCCUGCUGGAUCUGUGUUCACAUGUGAAGGACUAUGAGACUCAAACAGGCAGGAGUGUCCUUCCAGCAUUACAGACAAUUUAUCAGUCAGCUCCUGCAGUCUGGAGAAUAAACCUCUCAGAGAGAAAGAGCUCCAUCCUCCUAGAAGUGCUGAAACUCCAAACAGAGAAGAAACCAGUAGAGCUGAUAGACUGGACAAAUGAAGAGAGUGAAGAGAGGGGAUUCCUCCAGUGUCUGCCCUACAUCUCACAGCUCAGAUUUAUUGAACCACAGAAUAAAGCAGCUGAAUCAUGGGAGAAAAGAAAGAGAUUAUUCAUACUGGAUUUGUGUCUGCAAGCUGCUCUCCACCAAAAAAAGACAACAAAAGAAACUGUGAAGAAACUGCUGUCAUCUGUGAAUUAUGAGAGAUGUGAUUUCCUGCUGGAUCUGUGUUCACAUGUGAAGGACUAUGAGACUCAAACAGGCAAGAGUGUCCUUCCAGCAUUACAGUCAAUUUAUUGUUCAGCUCCUGCAGUCUGGAGAAUAAAGCUCUCAGAGAGAAAGAGCUCCAUCCUCCUAGAAGUGCUGAAACUCCAAACAAAGAAGAAACCAGUAGAGCUGAUAGACUGGACAGAUGAAGAGAGUGAAGAGAGGGGAUUCCUCCAGUGUCUGCCCUACAUCUCACAGCUCAGAUUUAUUGAACCACAGAAUAGAGCAGCUGAAUCAUGGGAGAAAAGAAAGAGAUUAUUCAUACUGGAUUUGUGUCUGCAAGCUGCUCUCCACCAAAAAAAGACAAUAAAACAAACUGUGAAGAAACUGCUGUCAUCUGUAAAUUAUGAGAGAUGUGAUUUCCUGCUGGAUCUGUGUUCACACGUGAAGGACUAUGAGACUCAAACAGGCAGGAGUGUCCUUCCAGCAUUACAGUCAAUUUAUCAGUCAGCUCCUGCAGUCUGGAUCAUAAAGCUCUCAGAGAGAAAGAGCUCCAUCCUCCUAGAAGUGCUGAAACUCCAAACAGAGAAGAAACCAGUAGAUCUGAUAGACUGGACAGAUGAAGAGAGUGAAGUGAGGGGAUUCCUCCAGUGUCUGCCCUACAUCUCACAGCUCAGAUUUAUUGAACCACAGAAUAAAACAGCUGAAUCAUGGGAGAAAAGAAAGAGAUUAUUCAUACUGGAUUUGUGUCUUCAAGCUGCUCUUCACCAGAAAGAGACGAUAGAAGAAACUGUGAAGAAACUGCUGUCAUCUGUGAAUUAUGUGAAAUCUGAUUUCCUGCUGGAUCUCUGUUCACAUGUGAAGGACUAUGAGACUCAAACAGGCAGGAGUGUCCUUCCAGCAUUACAGCCAUUUUAUCGUUCAGCUCCUGCAGUCUGGACCAUAAAGCUCUCAGAGAGAAAGAUCUCCAUCCUCCUAGAAGUGCUGAAACUCCAAACAGAGAAGAAACCAGUACAGCUGAUAGACUGGACAGAUGAAGAGAGUGAAGAGAGGGGAUUCCUCCAGUGUCUGCCCUACAUCUCACAGCUCAGAUUUAUUGAACCACAGAAUAAAACAGCUGAAUCAUGGGAGAAAAGAAAGAGAUCAUUUAUACUGGAUUUGUGUCUUCAAGCUGCUCUCCACCAGAAAGAGACAAUAGAAGAAACUGUGAAGAAACUGCUGUCAUCUGUGAAUUAUGUGAAAUCUGAUUUCCUGCUGGAUCUAUGUUCACAUGUGAAGGACUAUGAGACUCAAACAGGCAGGAGUGUCCUUCCAGCAUUACAGCCAAUUUAUCAGUCAAUAUCUACAAUCUGGAGCAUAAAAAUCUCAAUAAGAAAGAGCUCCAUCCUCCUAGAAGUGCUGAAACUCCAAACAGCGAAGAAACCAGUAGAGCUGAUAGACUGGACAGAUGAAGAGAGUGAAGUGAGGGGAUUCCUCCAGUGUCUGCCCUACAUCUCACAGCUCAGAUUUGAUGGUGUUUUCUACAGGAAUAGAGAAAGUGUUGUAAAGUUUCUGCGGAGUCUGUUUGUUUCAGUAUCAGAAUUUGACUCAAGUACAGGAGAAAAUUUUUCUGGACUAUUAACGUCUGUGUGCAGCUACACAUCUUUCCCCUACAAAGAUUUUUUUUUUAUCUAUCGUACUGAGCAAUCUAAUUUCCUGCUGGAUCUGUGGUCACAUGUGAAGGACUAUGAGACUCAAACAGGCAGGAGUGUCCUUCCAGCAUUACAGACAAUUUAUCGUUCAGCUCCUGCAGUCUGGAUCAUAAACCUCUCAGAGAGAAAGAGCUCCAUCCUCCUAGAAGUGCUGAAACUCCAAACAGAGAAGAAACCAGUAGAGCUGAUAGACUGGACAGAUGAAGAGAGUGAAGUGAGGGGAUUCCUCCAGUGUCUGCCCUACAUCUCACAACUCAGGUUUGAUGACAUUUUCUACAGGAAGAAGGAACCUGCUGUAAAGUUUCUGCUGAAUCUCUUUGUUUCAGCAUCAGAGUGUGAUGCAAAUAAAGGAAAUAAAGAAAAUUACACUGAUAUGUUAAUAGAUGUGUGCAGCUACACAUCUUUCCCCUGCAGUGACAACUGCACUAACCGUCACCCUGAUCAGUGUGAUUUCCUGCUGGAUCUGUACUUACAUGUGAAGGACUAUGAGACUCAAACAGGCAGGAGUGUCCUUCCAGCAUUACAGUCAAUUUAUCAUUCAGCUCCUGCAGUCUGGAUCAUAAAGCUCUCAGAGAGAAAGAGCUCCAUCCUCCUAGAAGUGCUGAAACUCCAAACAGAGAAGAAACCAGUAGAGCUGAUAGACUGGACAGAUGAAGAGAGUGAAGUGAGGGGAUUCCUCCAGUGUCUGCCCUACAUCUCACAGCUCAGAUUUGUUGAACCACAGAAUAAUUCAUCUGAAUCAUGGGAGAAAAGAAAGAAAUUAUUCAUACUGGAUUUGUGUCUUCAAGCUGCUCUCCACCAGAACGAGAGAAUAGAAGAAACUGUGAUGAAACUGCUGUCAUCUGUGAAUUAUGAGAGAUGUGAUUUCCUGCUGGAUCUGUGUUCACAUGUGAAGGACUAUGAGACUCAAACAGACAAGAGUGUCCUUCCAGCAUUACAACCAAUAUUUCAGUCAACUCCUGCAGUCUGGAUCAUAAACCUCUCAGAGAGAAAGAGCUCCAUCCUCCUAGAAGUGCUGAAACUCCAAACAGAGAAGAAACCAGUAGAGCUGAUAGACUGGACAGAUGAAGAGAGUGAAGUGAGGGGAUUCCUCCAGUGUCUGCCCUACAUCUCACAACUCAGCUUUUAUAAAAAUGUUUUAUACUUUGACAAAGAGAAGAAAUCAGCUUUUCAUUUUUUGCUGAAUUUGUGUGUUGCUGCAUCAUCUACAGGAGAGAAAUUCACUGAACUUUUAACAUCUGUGUGCAACUACACAUCUUUUCCCUGUGAUAAAGAAUAUCGUGAUGAUCAUAAGUAUCAUAUUAAUCAAUGUGAUUUCCUGCUGGAUCUGUACUCACAUGUGAAGAACUAUGAGACUCAAACAGGCAGGAGUGUCCUUCCAGCAUUACAGCCAAUUUAUCAGUCAGCUCCUGCAGUCUGGAUCAUAAAGCUCUCAGAGAGAAAGAGCUCCAUCCUCCUAGAAGUGCUGAAACUCCAAACAGAGAAGAAACCAGUAGAGCUGAGAGACUGGACAGAUGAAGAGACUGAAGUGAGGGGAUUCCUCCAGUGUCUGCCCUACUUCUCACAACUCAGCUUUUAUAAAAAUGUUUUAUAUUUUGACAAAAAGAAGAAAUCAGCUUUUCAUUUUUUGCUGAAUUUGAGUGUUGCUGCAUCAGAAUUGGCUACAUCUACAGGAGAGAAAUUGACAGAACUUUUAACAUCUGUGUGCAACUACACAUCUUUUCCCUGUGAUAAAGAAUAUUGUGAUGAUUAUAAGUAUCAUAUUAAUCAAAGUGAUUUCCUGCUGGAUCUGUGUUCACAUGUGAAGAACUAUGAGACUCAAACAGGCAGGAGUGUCCUUCCAGCAUUACAGCCAAUUUAUCGUUCAGCUCCUGCAGUCUGGAUCAUAAACCUCUCAGAGAGAAAGAGCUCCAUCCUCCUAGAAGUGCUGAAACUCCAAACAGAGAAGAAACCAGUAGAGCUGAUAGACUGGACAGAUGAAGAGACUGAAGUGAGGGGAUUCCUCCAGUGUCUGCCCUACAUCUCACAACUCAGAUUACCUCCCAUACCGAAUGAAUACGUCAAAGAGACAGACUGGAGAUCGAGAUUAUUGGUACUUGAUGUGUGUCUACAAGUGUCUAUUCUACAGAAGGAAAUCACAGAUACAUUUAUGGAGACUUUAUAUACAUACAUAACCUAUGGGAAUUGUGAUUUGCUACUCGAUAUGUACUCGCAUGUGAAGGACUAUGAGACUCAAACAGGCAGGAGUGUCCUUCCAGCAUUACAGCCAUUUUAUCGUUCAGCUCCUGCAGUCUGGAUCAUAAACCUCUCAGAGAGAAAGAUCUCCAUCCUCCUAGAAGUGCUGAAACUCCAAACAGAGAAGAAACCAGUAGAGCUGAUAGACUGGACAGAUGAAGAGAGUGAAGUGAGGGGAUUCCUCCAGUGUCUGCCCUACAUCUCACAGCUCAGAUUUUGUGACAUUAUCUACAAGAAGAGAGAAGCUGCUGUAAAGUUUCUGCUGAAUCUGUUUGUUUCAGCAUCAGAAGAAAAUUACACUGAACUAUUAACAUCUGUGUGCAGCUACACAUCUUUCCCCCACAGUGGAAACUAUGCUAACAGUCACUCUGAUCAAAGUGAUUUCCUGAUGGAUCUGUGUUCACAUGUGAAGGACUAUGAGACUCAAACAGGCAGGAGUGUCCUUCCAGCAUUACAGUCAAUUUAUCGUUCAGCUCCUGCAGUCUGGAUAAACCUCUCAGAGAGAAAGAGCUCCAUCCUCCUAGAAGUGCUGAAACUCCAAACAGAGAAGAAACCAGUAGAGCUGAUAGACUGGACAGAUGAAGAGAGUGAAGUGAGGGGAUUCCUCCAGUGUCUGCCCUACAUCUCACAACUCAGAUUUUGUAACAUUAUCUACAUGAAGAGAAAAGCUGCUGUAAAGUUUCUGCUGAAUCUGUUUGUUUCAGCAUCAGAGUUUGAUGAAAAUACAGAAGAAAAUUACACUCAACUAUUAACAUCUGUGUGCAGCUACACAUAUUUCCCCUAUUAUUAUCGUUAUUAUACUGACUAUCAGCAGUGUGAUUUCCUGCUGGAUCUGUGUUCACAUGUGAAGGAUUAUGAGACUCAAACAGGCAGGAGUGUGCAUCCAUCAUUACAGUCAAUUUAUCGUUCAGCUCUUGCAGUCAGGAUAAACCUCUCAAAGAGAAAGAGCUCCAUCCUCCUAGAAGUGCUGAAACUCCAAACAGAGAAGAAACCAGUAGAGCUGAUAGACUGGACAGAUGAAGAGGGUGAAGUGAGGGGAUUCCUCCAGUGUCUGCCCUACAUCUCACAGCUCAGAUUUGUUAAACCACAAAAUAAAACUGCUGAAUCAUGGGAGAAAAGAAAGAGAUUAUUCAUACUGGAUUUGUGUCUUCAAGCUGCUCUCCACCAGAAAGAGACACUAGAAGAAACUGUGAAGAAACUGCUGUCAUCUGUAAAUUAUGAGAGAUGUGAUUUCCUGCUGGAUCUGUGGUCACAUGUGAAGGACUAUGAGACUCAAACAGGCAGGAGUGUCCUUCCAGCAUUACAGUCAAUUUAUCAGUCAGCUCCUGCAGUCUGGAUCAUAAACCUCUCAGAGAGAAAGAGCUCCAUCCUCCUAGAAGUGCUGAAACUCCAAACAGAGAAGAAACCAGUAGAGCUGAUAGACUGGACAGAUGAAGAGAGUGAAGUGAGGGGAUUCCUCCAGUGUCUGCCCUACAUCUCACAGCUCAGAUUUUGUGACAUUAUCUACAAGAAGAGAAAAGCUGCUGUAAAGUUUCUGCUGAAUCUGUUUGUUUCAGCAUCAGAGUUUGAUGAAAAUACAGAAGAAAAUUACACUCAACUAUUAACAUCUGUGUGCAGCUACACAUAUUUCCCCUGUGAGGAGAAUGAUGAUGAUGAUGAUGAUACUGAGUAUCAGUGUGAUUUCCUGCUGGAUCUGUGGUCACAUGUGAAGGACUAUGAGACUCAAACAGGCAGGAGUGUCCUUCCAGCAUUACAGCCAAUUUAUCAGUCAGCUCCUGCAGUCUGGAUCAUUGACCUCUCAGAGAGAAAGAGCUCCAUCCUCCUAGAAGUGCUGAAACUCCAAACAGAGAAGAAACCAGUAGAGCUGAUAGACUGGACAGAUGAAGAGAGUGAAGUGAGGGGAUUCCUCCAGUGUCUGCCCUACAUCUCACAGCUCAGGAAUGCUGAUCAGUUCAUCCCUUCACUGUGUAAAGUGUUUGGACCGAGAGUGAAGGCAGAUCAGGUGACUCCUCUGCUUCAAGCUUUAGACUUCACCGUCACUCUGAGUGGAAAAUUACCCAGCAGCACCUGCAGAUCUGUGGGGAGAGUUCUGGGCCGUUCACCCUCCAAACUAAACCUGACUCUGAACACAAGCGUCAUCUCUCUCAGAGGACUCAAACUGCUCUUCAACCACAUCACACACCUGCAGAAACUAAGUGUGGAAGACAAACUGUUAGUGAAGAUGUCCAGAGCACUGAGGUCAUUGAAUGCUCCUUCACUGACCACAGAGGAGUUUUCACUGCUCACAAAAGACUCAAAGCAAAAUCUCUCUCAUAUCCUGAGCAGCUUGUCGUCUCUCCUGAGACUGUUGUCUGUUCAGUGUUUGGAUCUCACUGAGUGUAAAUCAGAGGCUCUGUCUCUCACGGCUCUGUUGAGUCUCCAGGAACAUCUGACUAUCAGGUUCUCUAAAGAGACUCUUCAGCAGCUGGUUUCACUGGUGUAUGAAGCACAGGAUGAUGAACUGACACACUCUUUCCUGAAGAAGGUGUCUAAAGAUCUGACUUCCUGCUCACUGACCUGGGAACAGAUUCAUUACCUGCUGCAGCAUCAAGCUCUGAAUCUGAAGUUGGACUUUAGAAAGAGCAAAAUCACCUGUGAAAACAUCAGAGAACUUCUGCUGGUGUUAGACAGAAUCCAGCUGAAAAGGUUGAGCCCCAGCUUUACUCUGUCCAUCAUUAUGGAGAUUUAUGAGACUCGUUUUCCUCAGUAUGUGUCCAGUCUGAUGAGUUCAGCAGGAAAUGACAUCAACCUUAGCGGCAGAGUGUUGGACUCUGUUCAGUGCGCUGCCCUGCGCUUCACUCUAGAGCACUGCAACACUGUCAAACUCAAUCUGCUCUGGACCUCCAUACCAGAGGAGGAGCUGGAGAGCUUUCUGCCUUUGAUCAGCAGAGUCACACGGCUCAGUGUUGACAGGCUGCUGCUGCUGAAGCUGCUUCAUUCCUGCAGAUCCUCUGAUCUCCAGCAGGAGGCAGCAACUGCUCUGCUCCCUGCUCUUCACAACAGACUGGACUUCUCCUGCUGCUCCGCUCUGGAUUUAACAGACACACGGAGAAGGCAAAAACAUUUGAAACUAACAAAUAAAGACUGUAGAAUAAUCUCAUCUGUGCUUCAGAAAACCCAAAGUGUUGUGAAGCUGAUUUUACAGGACUGUGAGAUCUCUGAUACAGCCCUGAAACAACUUUGGCCAAUCCUGCCUCAAGUCCAGCUGAGCUGCAGUAAAGCUCUGCUGCUGCAGUUUCUGGCUUGUAUCAGUAAAGGUGGAUCUCAGAGAAGCUCUUUGAGGAGGACUGAGGCUCUUUCACAGGCUUUGGGAGGAGAGAUGGACCUCAGUCACACUCAGAUGGACCAGAGCGCUUGUGAACAUCUGGCGCUGUUUCUGGAAUAUUCUGAAGGGCUGAAAGAACUGGAUCUCAGUCACUGUAAACUCACUGAUGACUGCAUGAAGCCGCUGCUGCCGCAUCUGCACAAAACUCAGACUCUGGACCUGAGUCACAAUAAUGUCACAGAUGAAUCAGCAGAGAGAAUCCACAGUGUCGUCUCCACUCACAGCAAUAUUCAGACUGUACGACUGUUCGGAAACAAAGUCAGUGACAGAAAGCAGUUCAUCGGAGACAAACGAUUUGAAAUAUGGUGAAGAUCCUGGACCGUAAAUGACUUAAUUCAUGAUAAAACAAACUGACUAUCACUUUGCAAAGCAAUGUUGUGGUAAUAAUGUAGAUAUAUUGCCUUAAUAUACAUAUUAGAGCAAGUUAUUUUUUAUGAAUGUAGUACUGAGUAUUUAUCUGUCUGAACUGGAGAGUCUCUGCUCACAUCAAGUUCAAGAGACUGAUGUUGUUUCUCCGUAUUCUGACCUGUAUUUUAUCAUUUGUAUUCCACAUUUAUAUUUCAGUUUGGAUACAAGAGUCUGCUAUAUGAAUACAUGUAAAUAUGAUGAUAAUGAACUCCAAUACUCAGUCUGUUUUACACUUAUUUGAGCUGUAAGGAAGUUGCGAGUGUUAUGGUUAUCAUGCAGUAAAAUGUAUUCUUAGACCCAACCUGAGCAAACAUACAUGUUGUACUUUGUACUUUUGUUUAUCAUAUCUUUAUCUUCAUAUCUCUAUAUAUGUAUAUUUGUUCAUUAUUAUUCAGUGUUCAUUUACUUAAUAAUUUAAUCGUUUUACUUUUUAAUGUAAUCUUGUGUUGUCUUCACAAUUAAAGAUAAGACAAUGUCUCAAUUUUAAGGUUUUCAUUAGCCUACAUGUUAAUUAGUAAUUUUCCUUUGCUUUGGUAUGAUAGCGCUUGUUGAAUUAGUGCUGGUCAGAAUAAGUUAGACUGAGCACUGGGAAAGACACAACUAAAAGAUUUUUCAAUAAACUCUGCAGAUGUUGUACUAGAA